CCCAGGCUGCUGACAUGGCUUCCCCCUGUUCCGGGGACCCCAGCCCGGCAGGUCUGCCCCCGUGUCCUGUAGCCACUCCAGAUGGGGAAACUGAGGCUCAGGGAAUCCAGAAUCCAGACCACGCUCUCCCAGGUGAAGGAAGCACCUCUGACCCAGGUCUGCUGGCUCCUGUCCCUGGCCUGGGAGAAGCCGAGUGUGUGCGGUACACAGCUGUGGCGGAGCCUGGCGCACAGCAGAUGCCCCAGGGCCCCGCCGCGCCCCAGGAGCCCCCGUUCCCGGACAUCUACGGCGGGGACGCGCAGCUGUGGGAGGCGCACUUCCGCGGCAUCGGGCGCGCCUACCGCGCGCUGGGCAAGGAGAACGACUUCGCCAUCCGCGUGCUCACGGAGGACUUCACGCUGCCCUUCCCGUUCGCCUGGCCGCCGGGGCCCGACCCGGCUCGCGGGCCGCUCUUCUACGACCCGCACGACCGCACGGGCUUCGACUUCCUGCUGCGGGGCCCGGGCGCGCCGCCCCCCGCGCUGCUGCGGCCCCUGCACAGCACGGCACGGGCGGCGCUGCGCAAGCGGCGCCUGGAGCAGCUGGCGCUGAGCUACGCGCACGCGGGCGCCGGCCCCCAGCCCGGCCUGGUGCUGCUGGCGCCCGCGCCCGCCGCAGCGGGCAGCGCCUUCCCUGUGCCGGAGGCCGCUUCCCCCAGCGGGGGCGCCCCCUGGCUGGGCUAGCGCAGUCCCGAGAUUGUCAAUAAAGCGUG